AUAAAAACGGUCCGUCGACGGCGCACAAACACAGUCAUAGCAACCGCGGUCGGUCUGCGUUCCGUGUGUGUGUUGCGUAUAUGGUUCGGUUCGGUUCGGGAUCGAGGCGUCGAGUACGCUCGUAGUGUGCUGUGUGUGUGUAUAGGUGCGCGAGCGCGUGUAGUCUUAUACAGUGCUAUUUUUUUUUUUUUUUAAUAUUAAUUUUGUUGCAUAUUAUUAUUUGAAUUAAAAAGUCCUACGCGAAUUAUUAUAAUAUUUCGAAUAAUUUAACCGUGUCCGAAAUAGUGCGUAAUGACGAGUGAACACUACUAGGUCGACGGACAAUAAAUAGUUGAAUUUUUGAAUCGUUUGAAAAAAAAAAUAAUAAUAAUAAUACUAGGUAUGACUUUGAACUCUGCUAGUCCGGACAUGGCCGACGUCAAGUACCGGACGGACGACGCGUCCAACAACAACGUGACGGAAAAGACUUAUAUGUUCUCGAAAAAGCCAGAAGUGGAUUUAUCGUUCGAGGACCUUUCUUACAGCGUCUCGUAUUUCAGCAAGUUCAAAAAAGUGAAGAAAGAAAUUUUACACGGUAUCAACGGCACCUUCCGUUCAGGGGAACUAACGGCCAUCAUGGGGCCGUCAGGUGGCGGCAAAAGCACAUUGCUCAAUGUUCUGGCUGGAUACUCGGUGACCGGCAGCUCGGGUUCAGUGUAUCUAAAUAAUACUUUGAGGGACGACAAACAUAUGAGCAAAAUCAGUUGUUAUAUACAACAAGACGACUAUGUGCGUGAUCUGUUGACCGUCAGAGAAUCGAUGACCGUAGCCGCACACCUUAAGCUAUCCACUAAGAAAUCAACGCUGUCUAAAGUCCAGCACGUGGAAAACCUGCUUGACGUGAUGGGCCUGUCUGCACACGGCAACACUGUCACCAAACGUCUGUCGGGUGGUCAAAAAAAAAGACUAUCCAUUGCCUUGGAACUUAUCACAAAUCCGUCCAUCUUAUUCCUAGACGAACCCACCACCGGAUUGGACAGUCAGUCUUGUAGCCAGUUUGUGUCUCUGAUGGUCGACCUGGCGCACAACCAGGGACGAACAAUGGUGUGCACCUUGCAUCAGCCAAGUGCGUUAUUUUUCGAAAAAUUCGACCAAGUAUACGCUCUGUCUGCGGGUCGAUGCAUUUACCAAGGACCUCCCAGUUUCGUCAUACCGUACUUUGCUGAACGGGCCAUCGUGUGUCCGCCCUACCACAACCCUGCAGACUUCUUAAUAGAAGUGGCCAUCGGUGAUUUUGGUGCAGAUGUUCUAGUUAAACUAGCCGAAUCCAUGUCCAAAGACGUUUAUAAAAGUGACCGUAUCAGCAACGGUCACCAUCUCGUCAAUGGCGACCAAGAAUCACAGCUAGAAAACGGCUGUUUGAAAAAACACAACGUCGCCGACAAAAAAAAGUUGCCCCUUAAAACAAAGUCGGCUUCCUUGCCUCCACCGUACUUGCAGGCCUAUCACUUGUAUGUCCGAAACAUAAUUGCCUAUAAACGCAACAAAACUCAACUCGUCUUACGACUUAUGGCACAUUUGAUAAUUGCUCUAAUCUUCGGCUACUUAUACCGUAAUGUCGGCAACAACGCUUCGGAGACGCUCAGCAACAUGGUAUUCGUUUACGGCACCAACCUAUUUCUGGUGUACACAGGCCAAAUGGCCGUCAUAGUGUCGUUUCCUUUAGAGUACAAGGUGCUGAAACGGGAACACUUCAACGGCUGGUACUCGCUGUUUCCGUACAUGAUGUCUACACUACUGGUGGAAAUACCUUUUCAAAUGCUCUGUUGUCUCACUUAUAUUGUGCCUUCGUACAUAAUGACCGGACAGCCGAUGGAACUGAUGAGGUUCAGUUACUUUAUCAUUUUUGCCGUUAUUACAUCACUAACGUCACAAAGCACCGGAUUCUUAUACGGCGCUACUCUUCCCGUUAAGGUGUCUGUUUUCGUGGGUCCCGUGUCGGUCGUCUUGCUGUCCGUGUUCGGUUUUUGCAUACGACUUACCGACGUGCCCGCCCAAUACGUUUGGCUACAUUACUUCAGCUUCAUCAGAGCGUCGUACCAGAGCCUCGUUUACACGGUGUACGGUUUCGACAGGGCUACGUUGCCGUGCACAGACGAGAUGUACUGCCACUUCAAGAACCCCAAAACGUUUCUCGCCCAAAUGGAAUUCUCCGAAGUCAACGUCUACCCAGAGUUCUUUUACAUAUGCUUCAUAUUCUUGUGUACUUACAUCCUUACGUCGACGUGCAUCUGGUACAGGUUAAACAAACGGUAGAAUCAUCGUCGCAUGACUGUACCGAUUCGGUUGACAAAAUUAAAGAGACGACACAAUUAAUAACGGCCCACCCAUGAGCAUCGGGGUGGAAAUUAUAUAAUCGCUGUCACAUUUAAGUUAUUUUAUAAUAUACACAUAGGUAUAAUAUUAUGUUAAGUUCUUACAAGUGUACUUGUUGUAUAUGUGUUUGUGUUAUAUAAUAACUUAUACAUAUAUAUAUAUAUUUUUUUUUAUACGAUUGUCAAGCGUGUGUGCGUGUGUGUAUGCACGCUAAAUCAAAACUUACCUAAUUGUGAUAAUGUGUUGAAGUUUAACACCCGUGAGAUGUCUGUUUUGUGCACCAGAAAAAUCUCAUAAUUAAGUUCCUAGAAAGAAAUAAUUUUUUUUUUUGUUUUUUUAUAUACAGUUUCACCGUUUUACUGAGGAACAUAUAUAAUAUAACUUACCCUUUCUGUUGCAUCACGUAAUCAAAUAUAUUUAAAUAUAAAUAUUGUAAUAUUUUUUGUAUUGUAAUCGCUUUUUACAAAAACAAUAUUUUUUUAUAAUAAGUGCCUUACCCUAUUACCAUAUUAUUAUUAUCAACAAACCUUUGUACGGUUUUUUUUUAUUACUAUUAUGUAAGGUGUUUGUAUUUAAAUGAAAUAAAUAAGUAAUCACUUGUGAAA